AUGAUUGUAGUUGCUUGGGUUGUGUUCUAUGCUAGCAGAAGCCUUUUCCAAGGUUUACUGUUGACUCUAGAGCACCACAUUCCCCGCUUACUGGGAGCCUUGGGAGCUAGCAAUAUGGGGAACUCAUGUGUUUGCCGCGAUGACAGCGGAGCAGAAGACAACGUGGAAUCUCAGAGUCGGCAAACGGAGCACAGUAGAGUACAUGUACCUGAAGCAAGAAGCCACCCAAGGGACCCUGUCCGUCCACCCAGGAGGGGUCGAGGACCUCAUGAACCAAGAAGGAAAAAACAGAAUGUGGAUGGGCUAGUACUUGACACACUGGCUGUAAUUCGGACAUUAGUAGAUAAUGACCAGGAGCCUCCUUAUUCAAUGAUCACGUUGCAUGAAAUGGCAGAAACAGAUGAAGGCUGGUUGGAAGUUGUCCAAUCUUUAAUUAGAGUUAUUCCAUUAGAAGAUCCCCUGGGACCAGCUGUUAUAACGCUACUACUUGAUGAAUGUCCACUGCCAACAAAAGAUGCAUUACAAAAGUUAACUGAAAUACUAAACUUAAGUGGAGCUGCUGCUUGCCAGGAUGCUUGUCACCCUGCCAGACACCGGAAUACAACUGCGGUACUGGGCUGCUUAGCAGAGAAGUUAGCAGGUCCUGCGAGCAUAGGCUUACUCAGCCCGGGCAUAUUGGAAUAUUUACUUCACAGCUUGAACUUCCAGUCCCAUCCGACAGUGAUGCUUUUUGCACUAAUAGCACUGGAGAAGUUUGCACAAACGAGUGAAAAUAAAAUGACAGUUUCUGAAUCGUGCAUUAGCGACCAACUGAUCUUGCUAGAGAAGUGGACAGAUAAUCCAGACUAUUUAAAACGCCAGGUUGGAUUCUGUGCCCAGUGGAGUUUAGACAAUCUGUUUUUAAAAGAAGGCAGGCAGUUUACAUAUGAGAAGGUUGACCUGACCAACAUUAGGGCUAUGCUGAACAGUAACGACGUCAGUGAAUACCUGAAGAUCUCACCACAUGGAUUAGAGGCUCGAUGUGAUGCCUCAUCCUUCGAAAGCGUUCGAUGUACGUUCUGCGUCGAUUCUGGAGUUUGGUACUAUGAAGUUACAGUCGUUACUUCGGGAGUGAUGCAGAUAGGGUGGGCUACCAAAGACAGCAAAUUUCUCAAUCAUGAAGGUUAUGGCAUCGGGGACGAUGAAUACUCCUGCGCAUACGAUGGCUGCCGGCAGCUGAUUUGGUAUAAUGCCAGAAGUAAACCACAUUCCCAUCCCUGUUGGAAAGAAGGAGACACAAUAGGAUUUCUACUAGACUUGCAAGAAAAGCAAAUGAUCUUCUAUUUAAAUGGAAACCAGCUUCCUGCUGAGAAGCAAGUGUUUUCAUCUGCUGUAUCUGGCUUUUUUGCUGCAGCUAGUUUCAUGUCCUACCAACAGUGCGAGUUCAACUUUGGGGCAAAACCUUUCAAGUACCCACCGUCAAUGAAGUUCAGUACCUUCAAUGAUUAUGCCUUUCUGACAGCAGAAGAGAAGAUCAUUCUGCCCAGACACAGGCGCCUGGCUUUGCUGAAGCAAGUGAGUAUCCGAGAGAACUGCUGCACCCUUUGCUGUGAUGAAGUAGCAGACACAGAACUCAGGCCAUGUGGACACAGUGACCUGUGCAUGGAGUGUGCCUUGCAACUGGAGACGUGCCCCUUGUGUCGCCAGGAAAUACAGACCCGAGUCAGACAGAUCUCCCACAUUUCAUGACACACGUGGAGGAACACCACAGACUUGUUUUUCACAGGCUCCAGCCAACACAGAAAGGGGAAAGCAUCUCUAACCCAUCUUUACGCACACAGGACCACAGCCGCGGCCAGAUUUCAUGCUGAACUGUACUCUGUUUAUCUUAAAAAUGAAAUCUUUAAUAAGCUAUUUCGGGUUGCCAGCGAUGGGAACUGGUUUCAACAGUAAGGAAAGCUGGUAGGUCAGCGUGCUAUGGCUACUGGUUCCUCCAAGCAAGACCACACAAGAGCGUCUCUCGUCCCUCCCCUUCUCGCCUGUCGCAAGUGCUGAAAAAAUUUGCACUGGAAGUUACACGUACAAUGCAUUUUAGCAAAGAAGAGGGGAAAAAAAAUAUCUCCCAAAACAGGGCCGUUCUGUCUUGUGCU